UCUUUUGGACUCGUCGCCAUCGAAAUUGAUUCUAACUUGUUGGAAUUCGAUAGAAAACCCGACCUAGUGCGGUAAAGAUCACGGGCUUCGGCUUGUUCUUCGAAGCAAUUGAGGAAUAGAUCGACGACUAAACAGAAGCCCUCGAUCCCCUCGUGUUGGUAGGGAAGCCCUCAUCGGUAGGAAAGAAGAGCGAUGGCUUCCUCGGCACUGAAGGCGGUGGCGGAGAAGGUCGGCCCUGCUUCCCGCAAGCAGGCUCUGACGCUAACCGAUGCUGCGGCUGCGAGGAUACGCCACCUGCUCAACGUCCGUCAGAGGCUUUAUCUUCGUCUUGGCGUCAAGGCCCGGGGUUGCAAUGGUUUAUCCUACAACCUCAACUAUGCUGAUGAGAAAGGUAGAUUUGAUGAGCUCGUGGAGGAUAAGGGUGUCAAGAUACUCGUUGAUCCAAAAGCUCUUAUGCAUGUGAUUGGAACAAAGAUGGAUUUUGUUGAUGAUGCACUCAAGUCAGAGUUCAUAUUUAUCAAUCCCAACUCGAAGGGGCAAUGUGGUUGUGGUGAAUCCUUCAUGACAAGAAGCAGCAGUCCAAACGUUAAACCAGCUGAUCUAUAGCAUUACAAUGGGACAUCCGAAGGUGGAACCUACCCUUCAGGAACCGAUGUUGCAGUUAUCGUCUGAUUUGAUUGAAUAUGCAAUGACACGAGUAUUGUUUGAUGAUUCAGCGGAUAGCUGAUGAAACCAGUCUGCAGCUGAUUUCCGAUACAAGUAUGCCACGGUGUGGGAUUCUUGCUGAGCAGUCAUCUAAUUACUUUUCCUGUUCUUGUUUCUUUCAAAGAAGGAAAAAAGAAUUGCUAGACAUGAUUCUAAGCAAUUUGAUAUGGUACACACUGAUGUCCAUGAUACUGUAAUUUGGUGCUUGGCACCGCAGGAGCCAUCCAAAUAAAUAUACUAUCUGGUUUCCCAAUGAAA